GGACGAAGACAUUUGCGUGAGAUACACGCUAAUGCGGAUUUAAGCGAAUGUGUCUCCUGUAUAUAUAAGUCUUUGUCGCAUUGAGUCGCAUCCAUCAACCAUUGUGACUAAAUCAUGGGAAGACAGCAGCACGCGCACGCGAAAAACCGUUGCAGCCCUUGCCGUGCCCGUGUGGGACCCGUGCACUGCUGUAGAAGCCUCUCUCCUACUUACACACACACCCACGCACAUACCCAUACACGUCUGGAUGUGUGUGGGUGCGUCCUCAUCUCAUGUGGUGCCAAGAAAAAACCAUCUCACACACACCUCCUCGACUGUCAAGCCCUCUCUGUGAUCGCCCCAAGCCCACCCCUUACAACCAGAUAUCGAAAAAUACCGACACCAAGGUGUCAUUUCAUUCUCCCGUCCGUCAUCUCUUGACCGCCCGAGAACUGACGCUGACACGUGCAGUCCCCCUGCCUCCCCUCCUGAGUGCGGCCUUCCUCCUCUCCUUGAGCUGCUCGUCCCGCCUCCCCCGAGUCAGCAGCAGUGUCUGCACGAUCGUGAUACCCUCCCCAUCAGCAUCCUCGAGCGGGAAAUCCGACGCAUCAGACACCGGCAGCCAUCCCUACACGCACACACACACACGCGCACGAUCACCUGACACAUCCAAUCGGUCUCUGGACCCUCACUCACUUGUAUGGACGCGGCAAAGAGGCUCCUGUGCCAGUGGUCUGCCUGUAUGCCCCGCCCGUCGGUGUCGAAUCGCAAGUCGGCGUCGGUCGAGACGGGGCUGCCGUCGCGUGUGGCGGCGGUUGGGAUGACGAGGUAGUCGUCGCUCCGGGGCGACCGGUCGGUGAGCGACAGAGCCCAUGAGUCAAACACGGCAUGGGACGCCGUCUGGUAGGGCGGGCAGACGGGGAAGCUGCGACACCGAAUGACAGCACAUAACUGGCGUCACACCACAUGAGACACAGAGAGGGAUGGGGGAGGCAGGGAGGGGCAACAGCAACCAUGAGUGGGUGAGAGCUUCACCGUCUGUGUGGUCCUCUCUCUUUAUCUGUGUGUGUGUGUGGGUGGGUGGGUGGGUGGGUGAGUACCUGGUUACCUGCAGGGAGAGCGGGUCAGGUGUGUGGGGGUAGGCUAUCCGGUGCACACCAGCGUACAAGACAUACGUGUCGCCAGCAACCUUCUCAGGCGCCUCCAAUCGCCUCUCCCUCAACACUGCACCCGAAUGGUUGGGCGCCCUCCCACCCCUCAGAAGCACCGCCAGCCACCGCCGUAAGCGUGAAGGCCCAUCGUCCACCAUGGCAGAGCCAUCAUCAGGACCCGUAUCAUCAGGUAACUUUGCCGACUCGACUUGGGCUUGGGCAGCAUGGGGGAGGCGAUAGGUGAAGGAGCAGCUGCUCUCCCUCUUGUCGUCGUUGGUCCUGUUGCCGACCUCCGGGGCCUUGCUUGACUUGAGUGACGACAUCCAUGAGAGCCUGAGGGUGGCCUCCUUCGUCUCAUUGGCUGGGGAGAAGGGGAGGCACCACCCGGACGAGCCAUAGCCAGACAGAGAGCACCGCUGGGCUGACUUCGGGGCCGGCUGCUGCUGCUGUUGCUGCUGGUCGUCAGCUAAGGAUAACGUCGCGCGACCACCGGUGAGCAGCUCACUGGGCGGCCUGUGUGUCGUCGGCUGCUGCUGCUCUUCUUGUUGCUGCUGGUGCUGCUGUUCUCCUUUUCGCGGCCUCCGGUGGCCGUGGUAGUGCCUCGAGACGCCAUGGACGUGCACGUGUGACUUGGUGGUCCGCCGCUUGCCGCUCGGGUGCGUCGGCACAUUGACAAUCAUCAUGCGGCUGUCCCCGAAGGGAUCCCCGCCGCCCUUCCCCCAGCCCACAUACCCCUCCUUCGCAGCUCUCUGUGUGUCGAACUCGCCAGAGGGCGCCCGAUAGAAGCUGUCGAGCACCUCGCCGUCGCUGAAGACCCCUCCCCCAGUGGCGAAAUAGGGCGAGAGGUUGGCUGCCGCGAUGACGUUGAUGGCGUGGGUGGACGAGAGGCCCUGGAAUAUGGGGUUGGGCAGCUGCAGGGGCGGCAGCAAGAGCUGCCACCCCGUCAUGACGAUGAGAGAGUCCACUGGGCGGGGCUCGCGCGACACAAACGUGUCCAAGAUGUCGACCCUGAUCCAUCCAAGACACACAAGCCACACCACCUCAAACAAAGGUGUGUCUGUGUCUGUGUCUGUGUGGGUGUCCAUAGAAAUAUAUCUAUCAGCUGACUCACCAGUGCCAGUCGUAGCCCAUGAUAACGCCGAGGUUGACCCCGCGUGACAGCUCAAACGGCUCCGGGAAGGUGCCCGCCAGCUCCUCGGGCGGCUGGUCGAUGGCCGGGCUGGUGUGGAAGACGUGAUGCUGGUAGUACUUGGCAAUGACGUUGCCCGACUGACCAAACACCACCGCAGUGUUGAGCAGGAACCUCCCGUCCGGCGGGCAGGUGCCGCUCACGACAAUGGGGUCCUCUCCCCUGCGGCGGGCAGCCGGCAAGAACCCCCCCGUGGCGUUGGUGCACGGCUGCAGGUCGAUCAUGUUGGCCACCAGCACCACUUGCGAGUCCUUGGCCGCGCACGAGAGCUCCCGCACCUGGGAGACCUUUGGCGUGUUGCUGGGGUGUGCGGCGAACCUUGGCGGCCCGUUGUCGCAGGGGAUGGACUGCUUGGAGGGGUAGGGGACGGUCUCGGCGUAGGGGAGGAUGUGAUGGCGGUCAUACGACUGGUUGAGGAAGAUCGAGGUGCCCCAGCCGUUGGCGUACUCCGGGAAGACCACCAGAUGGGCACCUGUUGGGCAGACAGACAGACAGACAGACAGACAGACAGGCAGAGAGGGAGGGGGAGAAGGACAGACGAACGGUACACGCAAUCCUGUGUGGCCUGCCUCUCUCUCUCUCUCUCCCUCUUGCUGUGUAUAUGUGUUUGUGUGGCUGACCGCUGACAGCCGCGUGUUCGGUCCAUUUCUGCAUGCUCUUGAGGUUGUCGUGCAGCAGCGAAUCAGGCGCCUGCUUGAGGUCCAUCCGGCUGCACAGCGACGAGCACACUGAAUAAGCACCGAACGAAUCAACCCACCCCAUGCACCCCCCCACCUGGCGAAGACCAUGACAGCGGCGGUGAAUUCCUUCAUCCUUCCCCUCUCCUCCUGCCAUAUGAGAUCCACCGGCAGACACAGCAGCGACAGCAGCACCACCGCCACAAACGCACUCACCGACACGCACACCGGCCGCGAGCAGAAGUUCUUGGCCUGGUCCAUGCCGUGGUCGUGCCCGUCGUCAAUGGCCGCCCUGCUCGUCCCACCACGGAGGUCCCUUUCUUCGCCCAGCAGCGAGAUGAUGUCCUCCUGGGACCUCUUCCUGCCCGGCGCUGGUGAGCCGCGGAUCAUGCGGUGAUGGUGGGGAGGGUGGUGGGCAUGCACGGGCGAAUUGUCGCUCGCGUCAGACAUCCUGUUGCUGCUGGGAGGGAGGGAGGGAGGGAGGGAGGGAGAUCAGCCCCUGUUCAUCGACGGCUUGGCAGAUUCAUCGAUUCACGUGAUGCGUCGCGUCCGGCGGUCUCUGGCUGGCUGCACCUGCAGCUGAUCCAGGCAACGUGGAGGAGUGUUGUUG